AGUUGCGAAAAAAAAUCAAAAGAGGAAAACGAAACGAACGAAAGUUGAUGACGAAAAUAGUUAAAGUCAAAAAUGUGAUGUGAUAAUUUUACGUCUUGUGUAUGAGAAUAGCUGAAAUGAAGAUUUGAGAUAUAUAGUUUUCAGUUCAUCUGUAUUAAAUGCUUCCUGUGGCAUCGAUACUGCCACCAUUCACAAAUUCCUUUUCCAACUAACUAGAUACAGUUAAUGCUCCAUCCUGCUGAAAUUUCACGGCGAGGAGAAUAGAUGAACCAGCUGAAAUGGCUACUGUAAACCAGAAAGUUGAUACUAAUGACGAGCCGAAGAAGACGAAAGCUGCAUCGGAGCAGGCCUCCAACGUGAAAAAACCUCAAAAACCUAAGCAGCCGGCUAAUAAAGGCAAAGAUGCGCCGAAAAAAGGGCCUGGCAAGAAAGCCCUUGCGGCUAUUCAAGAAAACCUGAAAAAGCUGAAAGAUGAGGAAGAAAAAGCUCGUUUAGAAGAAGAAGAAAUAAUUCGUAAAUUAGAAGAAGCUGAAGAAGCGAAAAGACUUCAGGCACAAAAAGAAAAAGAAAGAAAAGAGAAGAAAAAGCAGCGUGACAAAGAACGCAAAGAAAAAUUGAAAGCCGAAGGAAAAUUGCUAUCUGCGAAACAAAAAUUCGAUAGAGCUCGUGCUCGUACUUUACUAGAAUCACUUCAACAAGGAGUUCAGAUUUUGGAUAAAUCUGAACCAGGAAAGAAUAAGAAAAAUGAAGACGACGACGACGAUAGCUCUGCCAGUGAAUCUGAAAGAAAUGAUAUCGACGAUUCCCAAAAAGAAAACGAAAUGAUUCAAACUCGCAAACAAUUACAUCAAGAAGACAGCAAUGAAGAUUAUGUUUUGAGAGCUGCCAUCGUUUGUGUACUAGGCCAUGUCGACACAGGCAAAACUAAAAUUCUCGAUAAAUUGCGGCGAACUAACGUACAAGAUUCAGAAGCUGGUGGUAUUACCCAACAAAUAGGAGCUACGAAUGUGCCUGUCAAGGCGAUUAAAGAACAAGUACGUAUUGUUAAGGAAAUGGCGAAAGUUGAAUUGAAAGUUCCUGGUCUACUAAUCAUCGAUACACCUGGGCACGAGUCGUUUAGUAAUCUGAGAAAUCGAGGUUCUUCUCUUUGUGACAUCGCUAUCUUAGUCGUCGACAUUAUGCAUGGACUGGAACCGCAAACCAUUGAAUCCAUAUCAAUUUUAAAAUCCAAAAAAACACCAUUCGUUGUAGCUUUGAAUAAAAUUGAUCGACUGUACAACUGGAAUACAGUUGUCCGCAAGGAUGUUCGAGAUAUUCUUCAACUUCAAGAGAAAAACACGCUGUUGGAAUUUGAGAAACGAAGUAAAGAUGUAAUAUUACAAUUCGCCGAACAAGGCUUAAAUGCUGCGCUCUUCUACGAUAAUCCAGAUCCAAGAACUUACGUUUCUCUGGUGCCUACUUCGGCAAUCACAGGAGAAGGUAUGGGUAAUUUGUUAGCGUUAAUUAUGGAGUAUUGUCAAAAUAUGUUAUAUAAACGGCUGUUGUUUAACGAAGAGCUACAAGCGACUGUGUUAGAAGUAAAAGCUAUACCCGGUCUUGGUACCACAAUCGAUGUGAUAUUAGUUAACGGAUACCUGAGAGAAGGAGAAACUAUGGUUUUAGCUGGUACUGAAGGGCCGAUCGUGACACAAAUUCGUUCCUUACUGAUGCCUCAACCUUUGAAAGAACUUCGCGUGAAAAACGCGUACAUAGAAUAUAAAGAAAUAAAGGCCGCUCAAGGAGUAAAAAUUGCUGCAAAAGAUCUGGAUAAAGCAAUUGCCGGAAUUAAUUUGAGAAUCGCUUCGAAACCUGACGAAUUAGAGGCUUGUAAGGAAGGAGUUUCAAAAGAAUUGCAUUCUGCUCUCAGUAACAUCAAAGUCCAAGAUCGUGGUGUCUUUGUCCAAGCUAGUACUCUAGGAUCCUUGGAAGCAUUGGUUGAAUUUUUAAAAACGUCAGAUAUUCCUUAUUGCAGUAUACGUGUGGGCCCAGUUGUAAGGAAGGACAUUAUGAAAGCAUCGGCAAUGCUGGAGCAUGACACCCAAUACGCUGUCAUUUUAGCAUUCGAUGUUAAGAUAGAGAGAGAUGCUCAGGAAUUAGCCGAUAACGUCGGUGUUAAAAUUUUCCAGGCUGAUAUUAUCUAUCAUUUAUUCGAUAAAUUCACCGCGUAUCGGGAAGAGCUCAAACAAAAGAAACGUGAAGAAUUCAAAGAUGUCGCUGUAUUUCCCUGCAAACUGAAAAUAUUGCCGCAAUUUGUUUUCAAUUCCAGAGACCCAAUUGUAUGUGGUGUGAUGGUUGAAGCGGGUAUUGUUAAAGUGGGCACCCCGAUGUGCGUCCCAACGAAGGAGUUCAUUAAUGUAGGAAUCAUUACUAGUAUUGAAAGUAACCAUAAACCGGUCGAAACGGCGAGAAAAGGUCAAGAAGUAUGUAUCAAAAUAGAAAACGUACCCGGAGAAACGCCCAAAUUAUUUGGUAGACAUUUCGAUGAAACCGAUCUACUUGUUAGCAAAAUUAGUAGACAAUCCAUAGAUGCGUGCAAAAAUUAUUUCAGAGAUGAUUUACUCAAAUCAGAUUGGCAAUUAAUGGUCGAACUGAAAAAAACAUUUGAAAUUUUAUGAAAUUUCAUGUACUUUUCGAUUUCUUUGUUAAAUAUAAUACCUUUUGCUGAAGCGAAAAUUUACUAAUUCGUGUUCGUUUUUAUGUUUAAUUCAUUAAGCAUGUACUUUUUUUAAGCGGAUUAAAAAUCUAUUCAACUGGU